AGCAGCAGUGGAGUUGCUCCACUGCAGCUCACUGCAAAUUUCAGAUCUGAUCGGAAACUUACGUUGCAGUCUGGAAACCCAGCAGGAUGGGAAAAAAAACAGGUGGGGAAGUGAACACCAUGUGGAGAUUGGCGCUCUCAGUUAUUUAAAGCCGUCCUAAUGUGCACUAAAUGAAAACAGAGACCCCCCGCCACCACCUGGAAAACACUGAAGGACUAAGUGGAUUGAAGAAGGCAGCCGCCGAGUGAGGUAGUCGGGGUAGGGAGGGGAGACGCAGAGAGGAUUAGGAGCUAAUCCAGUCCAACGAACAAUCCUUGCAGAGCUUUAUCGUUCUUGCAGGACAACGCAGACAAAACAGUUCACGGAUUUAUACGCUGAAACAACGUGUCCAUCUUCUUUUACCUCUGCUGUGACAGUCUUAAUUUGGAAAGAGCUUGGAUCUUUGCUGCAGAUGAACCAGUGGACUAAGAACAAAAGAGACAGGAUGUCCUGUGGACUUUAUGGUGCCACACAAAGAGAUGAACCUUUUAGUAGAAGGAGGAGCACAUGACUGUGGAUCUCUGCUUUUUCACCUCGGCCUGAUGAAAAGACACUAAACGUCUGUUUGGAAUUUGUGAUCAGGCCUCAUUUACAGUGACUGAAAGCUGCUGCUGUGCAGAGAAGGGAGCUUGGUUGUUUGGGAAAGAUGUGGGAAAGAAUAAAGGAUAUAAACAGAUAUAAGUGGCUGUGCUGGCAUCCCAUGGCGUCGAUCAUAAAGAGAAGCAGUGGGUAGUGCUGGAUCAAACACAAAGUUGGAUUUUAAACUUCACUGACAUGAAAUUAAAGUCCACACAUUAUCAAUCAUUUUAAAGGAAAAUUAAACAACUUUUCUUCCACCAUGAGUCUGGGAAAACUGCCAGGGAUUAAAGGCCUUGUGCCCGGAUCUCAGGGGAAACGUCGCUUCAAGAGUGAUCUCUCAGUGGACAUGAUUAGCCCCCCGCUUGGGGACUUCCGACACACCAUGCAUGUGGGCCGCGGAGGGGACGUUUUUGGUGACACUUCCUUCCUGAGCAACUAUGGAGGCAUCCGGGAGCCUGGAAGUCCGGACUCAGCGAGCAGCUCCAAGUCAACCGGCUUCUUCACACGUACCUUUCGCCAUGUACGGAGGACCUCUGGGCCUCAGCCUCGAGGAGGUUCCCGGGAUUUGUCAUCCCCUCCUCCGGACAUCUCACCCAUCAUUAAAAAUGCCAUCUCUUUGCCUCAGCUCAACAUAGAUUCUGUCAAUGGUUGCAGACAGAGGGCACUGUUCCCCAACUCCAUGAGCUCAGCAGAUGACUCCUUCUGCACAUAUGGUGUGCAGUCUGGAUUCGUCACUCUGCCUCGACUCUCUCGAAUUGACAGACAGCUUCAAGAUGGCACCAUAUGGAAACCCUCUUCAGCAGACAAUGGUUGCAGCACCUUGACCCGCUCUGACUCCCUGGCCUCUUUCACUGUUGACCUUGGUCCAUCUCUAAUGACUGAAGUGUUUGCUUUAAUUGAUAACCCCAGCUCUGUACAGAUAUUCAAUCAUAGCCAGGAGACAGCUGAGGAGGACCAGGGAGAGGAAGAGGACAAAGGUGACAACAACUCUUUGACUGAGACACCUGUUCAGACACCGACAGUGUGCUCCCCCAACCCUUCCCUGUGCAGCGGGUCUCUUAGCCCCAGAUUGAAUGGAAAAAAUAACUCUGAGAUGAGAGAGCCUAAAGAAGACAGAGGGUCUGUGAGGACGCCUGAUGCCUCCUCCUGUUCGUCUCACAAGGAGUCAGUAAUAGAGGCAGAGAGGUUUCAGAGGGCGACUAAUGUCCUCGCUCGGCAUUAUGGUGGAGGAUCCUUUACAGAAGGAAUGAGAAUCAACAAAAAAACAUCUUUUUCUUUAUCUGAGGAGGAGGAGGAGAUCAAAGUGUAAACAUUAGGAAUUGAGACGGUUUAAAGUCAAAAUGGGAAAAUAGUUCCUUGUCUUGAAACCUUUUUGCUCCUUUACUCGAACUUUUUAUGUUCAACAAAACUGACUGUCCAUUUUCUAAAGAAAAUGAGAUUUAUUUUCUGUCACAAAACUUAACCAACUUGUUUUUCUAUAACUUUAGCUAAUAUAUAUCAACUAACACUAUGUAAGUAAUACGGUAACAAAGCACAUGGUUUUGUAAAUGUUUGUAAAAUAGUUUUGGAAACAUGUAUAAGGUUAAUAAUGUUUAUACUGAUGUGUAAACCUUAUAAAUAACAUUAUAGCAUUCUUAUGUGUACUUUGCUUCAGGUUCCUGUAAACUGUAUAUUGAGCGAUGUUGGAUUUUCUCCUGUAAAAAGUUUUAAUUUCCACCUGUAAAAUACUAAUUUUUAAACAGAGCUUAAUCAAUGUAUGUAAUUAGUUUCUCAAUUAUUUAUCAUCAUUUUUUUUUAUUUCUCAACUUGAAAAGAUAAUCUUCUUUAACUUAUCAUUAAAUCAUUUACCUAGUUUAUAGCUAGCUGAAGUACGCCUUUCACCCUCUGCCAACCUAGAAAAUAAGAUUUUAUGCACCAACAAAAAUCUAAUUGGGAGCAGUUUAGUGAAACAUUAUAACUCAGCUGUAAAGGGGCUACAAUAUUAGCUUUUACAAGACACAUUUUUAACUUUCAUGUGCACAUAUGUAAGCUUUUAAUCCAUAAACUACAGAGCAGUAUAAUUUAAAGAAAAAUAAAUUUUAUAAAAUGUCAUGUUUACACAGAGGUGUGCAGCCUAUCACAGAACAUGAUACGAGUUUGUGUGUGCAGAGACACUAUAAUCAACAUUCUGCUGAUCUAUGAGAGGAUAAAAAUACCUCUACUGUCCCACACUAAAGGAUAAAGGUGUGACAAUGACAGUGGUACUAAAAAAAAGUAGAUAAUAGAAUAGAAAAACCCUUUAUUGUCCCAUAAUGGGAAAAUUCUGGUGUUUACAGCAGCAAAAA